UGUAGAAAAUGAAACAAGCCUUAGAACCUGAAGCUAAGACCUGAUCGAAAACAUCUACCAAGGUUUUAUCAUCUCUCUGGCAUCGGACUGGAAUAAGGGCACUAUAUUUAGAAUGACCUCUUUGUCUACUUGCUUCCAUCUUCUAUUCUCCUGACCCACUUUGAUUGGUGACAUUCAUUCUGCACUGCUUGCCCAUGUAACGAUUUACCCUAACUUCCAGAGACUAUUUUUUUUUGUUUUGUUUGGAUAGCACAUUCUUUGGCAUCGGAAAAAGCAAGCCUAAUUUGAUGUUGGUUGAGAAAUUAUCUGGUUACGACUUCUUUUCAAUGUCCAUGCAUUGCGUUUGAGUGGAACGUUGACCUUACCAAAAUGGCCGACAAAUACUCAUGUCAAACCUGGGCUAGAGUUCUAGCCAUCCGUGGUUUGGUGAAGGAUAUUAGUCACGUGAAACCAGCGUCUAGAAUUACAGAAAUGACGUUUGUAGUUGAGACUGCUUUGCGAAAGGCGUUUAUCCCCUUUUUCUUCGACUGAACGAUUUUCUCGCAGAGGAGCUUUCCGGAAGUACCCAUUCGUUAACACGGUGAAAGUAGAUAACGAUGGAGGUUUUAGGCACCAGAUGUGGUUCUGGGAUUAUACCACUCGUGGUUUUGGUGCUCUCUCCAGACACUCAGGAGGAAACUGUUUCAUGGCUCCUGAGAAGGAUCAGAGAGAAACAGCAGGAUGGAGGUGCUGAACUGCUUGUGGAUCAGCUGUCCUCUGAAGAUGUGGAUGAAGAGAAAGAGAACUCCAACAUUUUUCUAGUUGCAGCCUCCAGGCAGAGACUUCUCUCUGGUGCUGAAGAUUUGGGUCUCUUCAAGGAGUUUAAUGAUGGAUCAAUGAGGGGUUAUACGUGCGUCAACAGCCACAACUUUAAGGAAUUUCAUGGGGAUGGUGAUGGCUUCCUCAGUAUGGCGGAGUGCCAGUACAUAAUUAAACAUGAGUUGGAGACCUUACGAGCUAAAGAUGAGACUCACGUUCCAGGAUACACACAAGCUAAACUGUACCCAGGGAAAUCUAUCAUUCGUAGACUGCAAUCCAAAAGAAUACUGACCCAAAUGUUUCCCCUGCAUGACAAAGAGGAACUCAAGAGACUUUCUUUUAAGUGGUACAAAAAAGUCAAGACAUCCCUUCAGCCUCUUGAUGACAUCAGACAUUACUAUGGAGAGGGUCUGGCUCUCUACUUUGGCUUCCUGGAAUAUUUCACAAUGGCCCUGGUGCCUCUGGCCUUUAUUGGGAUGCUCUGCUGUCAAUUUGACUGGAAAAACUAUGACAAAUAUGUUUUCUUUGCUGUUUUCAAUCUUAUCUGGUGCACAGUUAUUCUUGAGUUAUGGAAGCGGUGCAGUGCCUCUCUAGCCUAUCACUGGGGCACGCUGAGCAGAAAAAAGGUAUUUGAAGAACCACGGCCUGGUUUCCAUGGCAUUCUUGGGUUUAACCCAGUGACAGGACGAGAAGAGCCUCUAUACCCCAGUGCCAAGCGGCAACUCCGGAUCUAUCUUGUGUCCCUCCCCUUCGUCCUGCUCUGUCUCUACCUUUCCCUCUAUGUCAUGAUGAUUUACUUUGAGAUGGAAGGAUGGACUCUGAUGCUUCAUGAUAGAGAGCCUACUUUCUGGACCACAAUACUAUUGUUUAUUCCUGGGAUUAUCUAUGCUGUGGUCAUAGAGGUGAUGAAUCUCAUCUACAGAUAUGCUGCUGAGUUCCUCACGGAGUGGGUUGUAGGAAUUUGCGAGUUUGGACCCUACACAUGUUCACGAGUCGAGGAAGAAAACCACAGGCUUGAGUCUUCAUAUCAGAAUCACUUGGUCCUCAAAGUAUUAGUUUUCAACUUCUUAAACUGUUUUGCCUCGCUGUUUUACAUUGCCUUCAUUCUGCAAGACCUGGUGCUGCUCAGACAGAAUUUGGCAACCUUGUUGAUCACAAGUCAAAUCAUAAAUCAGUUCAUCGAAGCUUUUCUGCCCUACUGGCUUCAAAGGGGACGCAAUAAGACGAUGAUGAAUGAGCUCCCUUUGAAUGCCCAGGUGCGACUGGAAACUAACAUGAACACUUACUUGGGUACAUUUGAUGACUACCUGGAGUUGUUCCUUCUGUUUGGCUAUGUCAGCUUGUUCUCAUCAGUUUAUCCUCUGGCUGCUGUCUUCGUUGUUUUGAACAACAUCACAGAGAUUUACUCUGAUGCUUUCAAAAUGUGCAAUGUGUUUAAAAGACCCUUUUCUGACCCGGCUGCAAAUAUAGGGAUCUGGCAGCUCGCCUUUGAAGCCAUGAGUGUCAUUGCUAUUGUGACCAACUGCACACUUAUUAGCAUGUCUCCUCACGUCAGAGCUUACUUCCCCGACUCACAGAUGCAUCUCAUGCUGUGGACAGUUGCUAUUGAGCAUGGACUGCUGGCCUUCAAGUUUAUCCUGGCCUUCCUGGUUCCAGAUGUUCCUAAACACAUUCAAAUCAAACUGGCUCGUCUGGAUUUUGAAUCGAUGGAGGCACUCAAAAAAAAGAAAAUUUUUGAAGUCCCAUUGCUAAGAGGAGUGGCAAGUGAAGAAGAGUAAAGAACAAACACAUCAUGAUGACCUCAAAAGACAGCAUUUACAUAUUGAAAAUAAUCCAGAUGACUUUAAAUCUCUAACUGAAUGAUCUGUUUCUAAAUUAUAACAUGCUGUUGUGUAUUUUAAAAACUAUGUUGGUCAAAACAAUACUAAAGUUUUAAAUGUGAAACUCAAAACUAUCAUGCUUCUUCUGAUACAUUUGAUGUACAGAAGCAGAAGGAGGACUUUGGAUUAUUGCAUAGCAUUGUAUUGUAUUGCACUUUGCAUGGUCUAUGUUGUUCCACCCUUCUGUAUAAUACCAUUGGCUCAAGUGCUGUAAUAUUGUGGUGUUGACUCUCCUUAGUUUUGUGUUUUUCCCUGGGCGGCGUCCUUCCACUGGGGCUCUGUCCACCGGUCCAAUCUGGUACUGGAUAAACUAUGCUUAUUUUGUUUUUUUCCCUGUAUACUUUAGUUUGUAUGAUUACAGCUGCUGCUCACAAGUUAUGCGCACCUUGAGUUUCCCUUUUCUCUUUGUACGCUAAGUGCAAUGUUUUCUUACUAAAUUGAGUGUACCCAA